ACUCCGACAAGCAGAUUCUCAAGAUGGCGGAUGCAGCGAGUUUGAAAGAUGUACCGAGCGAUUUUGGAGAGUAUUUUCUCCCUUACAAACCAUGCUUGCGGCAGCGGAUUCAGGCCAGGAAGUUUGCCAAUGAAUCAUAUAUCAGCAAAUGGCAGUAGUUUCAUGGCAGAGAUGGGGAAAUAGAUGUAAAAUCCGUUGUAUUUCGUAGCCAGCGGAAAAAUGACGAUGGGCACAUGGUUAACAUGUCGAUCGGAAGAUCAUGCGUGUUGGACGCAAUUUGCUCAUGCAAAGCAGGGGCCUCUGGUGAAUGUGCCCAUGUACUGGCAGUGAUCCUUAAAAUAACCGACUGGAUCCUGAAUGAUCUUAAAGAGAUACCUCUUCAGCCCGCCUGCACUUCGCUGCCUCAGCAGUGGGACAGACCCAGGGGCGUGCGCAUAAAAGGCGAGCCACUCAGCACAAUGGUUAUAUCUAAGCCCGGCAACACCAGUCGGAAAAAGAGACCAAUUACUGCAGAUUUCGAGGACACAAGGAAAAUACAACUACUACAGUCAGACAUCAAGACCUUGCAGUCCCUGACUGGAUGUCCACUGUCCUACUUGGCUCACAUGCCAGGGCACACAGUUGAUACUGACUUUGGAAGCCAGUACCUUGGCAGUGCUCUGUCAUACCAGCUACCGCUCUUGGAAGAAGUCAGCCCAGCUGGGAAAGGCAUUAGCUGUGGAGACCUUGACUUCCCAUAUCCUCCUAAUAUUUCUAAUGUCACACACAUGGAUAGUGCCAAGACAGCCGCAGUCCAACUAUCAUUGGAGGAUGCUAGAAAACUUGAGGCAAAUAACAGGGAACAAGCAAACAGCCCGUUGUGGACAAAAGAAAGGUCGAAGCGUAUCACAGCAUCCAAUUUUGGGAGAUUUAUGCUUAGGAAAACCCCACUCAAUAAGAAAUUUGUUGACAGUGUUUUGAAAAUAAAGUCAUUUAAUUCAAGUGCAACUAGCUAUGGGUCAGCAAAUGAAAAAGUAGCCAUUAACAUGUAUAGAAAAAAAAACUAGCAACCAUGUGCACGGAUGUGGAUUUGUGGUGAACCCCCAAUUUCCUUUUCUUGGUGCUUCACCAGACGGUAAGGUGUGUGACCCUUUCUGCACAGGAAUAAUAGAGGUCAAAUGUCCAUUCAUUAUGAGAGACAGAACUGUAAAAGAGGCACUUGCAGACGAAGCUAUGAAGAAGAACAUUUGCAUCGAACAAAUACAGGAUAAAGUGCAAAUGAAGCGUGAGCACAUGUACUGGUACCAAGUUCAGGGACAGCUGUUAGUGACUGGUGCUAAGUUUUGUGAUUUUGUUCUGUUUACCAGACAAGACUUAUUCAAAGAAAGGAUUGAGCCUGACCAAUACACCAUGGAGCAAAUAUUAACUAAAAUGGUGAAUGUGUUUGAUGGAUUUGUUUGCGAAAAGUAAACUAACCUCCAUUGAUAGGGCUGUCACAACUGUCGGCUGUGUUGUUGACAGAUGAAACUGUGUCAGGCAAAUAUUCUCCAGGUGGUUUUAAGGGUUCUGUUUGUUGCGAGUUUUCGUUGACUGUACUGAAACAGAAAGAUAUAUAUAUAUAUAUAUAU